GACAAAGGUUCCCGUGUUGUGUCAGCUUGUUGUUGUUUUUCAUAACACUAACUAGGACCAACACGUUGUAGCUGCUGACACUUUGCUGCAGUAUCGUUAAACUGUAGCUAACACUGUAACUCACAAAUAAGAUGAGACUGCCACGGCGGAUCCUCACACUGCACACAGCACCUGGACGGAGGGCUUCCUCAGUCCCCGCAGGUGUGUUGAACUUUGUCCCCGCCUGCAGCACCACUGAUGCUCAGUCCCUGGAGCUGGUGCAGGACUUUGUGUCCCGAGCCAGGCGCCUGUUUGUCAUCAGCGGAGCAGGACUCUCCACAGAGUCCGGCAUCCCAGAUUACCGCUCAGAGGGUGUCGGGCUGUAUGCUCGCACUGACAGACGACCCAUGCAGCAUGUAGAGUUUAUCCGCAGCGCGAAGGCCCGUCAGCGCUACUGGGCCAGAAACUUCGUCGGGUGGCCGCAGUUCUCCUCACAUCAGCCAAACUGUGCGCACAUGGCCCUGCAGCGGUGGGAGGAGAGCGGCAAGCUGCACUGGCUGGUUACACAGAAUGUGGAUGCUCUCCAUUCAAAGGCAGGACACAGAGGACUGACUGAGCUCCACGGCUGUGCUCACAGGGUGAUGUGUCUUGGCUGUGGUGCCAUCUCAGCGAGGGAGGAGCUCCAGGCGCGAUUUGUAGCACUGAACCCAGACUGGAGAGCGCAGGCGAGCGGCGUCGCUCCUGAUGGUGAUGUCUUCAUCGAGGACGAGCAGGUCCUCCAUUUCAGAGUUCCCUCUUGCGAGGACUGCGGAGGGAUACUGAAGCCUGAGGUCACGUUUUUCGGAGACACUGUGAACAAAGCGACAGUACAGUUUGUGCACGAGAGAUUGGCAGAGUCGGAUGCGGUGCUAGUCGCUGGGUCAUCGUUACAGGUAUACUCAGGAUACAGGUUUUUACUGGCAGCGAGUGAUAGGAAAAUUCCAGUCGCCAUCCUGAACAUUGGGCCCACGAGGGCAGACCACCUGGCUGAGCUGAAAGUGAGUGGCCGCUGUGGUGAAGUGCUGUCAGCCAUUCAGCCUGUCUGACUGUCAUGGACAUACGGUUUAGGUAUUCUGUAUUAAGCUGGUCAAAGGGCUGUCUAACUACCUCACAUUUAAACAGAAAAACAACAUACUUUAGUUUAACUGCCUCAGCUGUGUGGCACUCUUUUUGUGUAAUGUAAAAGGAGCCAUGAGCAUUUUCACUUCUCUGCCAGGAGAAUUUGCUGCUAUUAUCAAAGUAGGGCAAAAAACGGACUUAUCUACUCUCACCUGUUUUAUGCAGAACAGAUGAAUGUUAAACCUGUUUCUCAUCCUAUGUAGAAAAAAGUGCGCCUGCCUCAGAAAUUCAGCCUAUCUGCACACAACAGGUGUCAGGGGAUCAAUAUCUUGGUCCAACAAAAACAGAGAGACAUCUACUCUGCCAGCAGAAACAGAAAGACUCCAGCUGAACUGUGUUCGCCAUUGCUUGUGUGGUUGAUGAUGUAUGGUGUGGUCUGAAGGCCCCGGGUUGAAGGGUCACUACUACAUUGAUUGUGUUGGUUAGGAGGCUAUUUGUUUGUGCAACAAAAUUACAAGAUAUUUGUGGAAGUGCAAGCACUUCACGGGUAAGAUACAACAGCGAGGUGAAGUUGUUGAAACUAGUUAAAGAGAUUAUACAACCUAUACUGCAGUCAAGCGAAAGCAACGGUUAAUCGAAACAUGAUCAAAAUAAGAAUAUGGCCAAGUGCAAUAUCCAAAUUGCAGGAGCUGCAAUUUUUUAAUAAAGGUAAAAUGUGUCACAGCAUGGCGUUAUAAAUGAAGCAUUGUGGUGCUGCAGAGAUGCCCUGACUGUUUGCUGUAGACCCCACCAACAAUCACAUCACCAUCAUUUUUAUUUUUAAGUGAAGAUGAAAUGCAAUUAUUACCAUUCCCACUAUUAUCACGACUCAUAUCUCAAUGUUUGUAAAAAUCGCAAUACGUUUUUUUGUUUGCAUAUCAUGUGCAUUUCAAAUGCUUGUAUGGUCAACAGAAUGGACCUUUUCUCAUUUAACUUAGAAUUAAUUAACUGUACACGUGAGAGGCUUGAGACCAGAAACUGUUUUCAGCAAACUGUCGAGCAGUGGAUCCUGUUCUACCUAAAACUGAUGCAAAUGUUAAUAUUUGAAAUGUCAUGACGGAAACAUUUUAUCUUCUGUUUUACGUCAUUUAAAAUAAAUUAUUUCAAAGCA